AUGGCUAGCCCUUAUAGUCCCGCUGCACACACUCCCCCGGCCGUGUUCACAAAUGGUGUCGAUUAUAUGCAACAAGAUGGAGGACGGCGCCCCCGUGAGCAAGAGCAGCAAUACCCGCCCGCCUCUACUGCCGAGUAUGGCGAAAAUGGCCAACAACCCGCCGAACUCAUGAUGCUAGAUUCCAUGUCUGCAGCCCAGGCGCUUCCCGUAUUCGGCAACGAAAGCAUCGAGAACAAGUCGCCUCAUUUUAUUCCCGAUGAUAUUCUUGCCUAUCUACUUAAUAACCAAGCAGAUAAUAACUCUGCCUUCAACCAAAUGGGUGGAGGGUACGCGCAAAGCAAUAUGCCGUUCUUGGGACCGCAGUGGCCCUCCAUGGGAUUUUUCCCAGCCGCAUCUCAGCAGGUGAUGGCCGUCUCAAGCAUACUAGAUCAGAAUCUUCCGGAAGCGACCAUUUCAGACGAAAAGAGCAACGAGAUUUACGAGUUCAUCAGGGACCGUUUCAACGAGAAUGGCCGGGCGCCCAUGGAGCGGCAGCGGGACAGCAUCAUAGAAGGUGACCGGACGCACGACGACCACAUGCUGAGCAAGCGGAUGAUGCAGGCAUACAUUGGGUCUUACUGGCUCCAUUUCAGCGACCAGAUUCCCAUACUUCACAAACCGACAUUCUCCCCGGACCGGACGCCUAAUCUUUUGCUUAUAUCGAUGAUGACGAUCGGAGCGGCUUGCCUUGACAAAACUCAUGGCACUGAAGUAACACAAGCGGGGUCAAAACUUUCCAAUUUCCUUGCUUGGCAUGUACGAUGGGAAAUAUUCAUGGACCCGAAUUUCCGUCCGCCGGCCAAACUCUGGGUAUUCCAGUCUCUGCUCCUGCUCGAGGUGUAUGAGAAGAUGUACUCGACCCGAGAACUACACGAGCGCGCACACAUCCAUCAUGCUACCACCAUCACGCUCAUGCGACGAGGCCAAAUCGGGGUCAACGGUUCCCGCCAGUCCUCGGCAUCCGGAGUGGCAACGCCUGACGAAUGGUGGAAUCAUUGGAUCACCAAUGAGGCAACGCGCCGGGCAGCAUUCGCGGCGUUUGUCAUCGACUCAAUUCACGCCACCAUGUUUGGACAUUCCACGGUGAUGGUGGCGCAUGAAAUGAGAUUGCCAUUACCCUGCGACGAGGCCCUGUGGAAAGCAUCGAGCAGUGCCGAGGUGGGCAGGAUCGAGAAUAAUUUGAUAUCGAACAAUAUCAAGCCGAUUUCGUUCCUCGAGGGGUUGAAACGCACGCUCAGCGGAGAGGAGGUGCGCACAAACUCGUUUGGACGCACAGUCCUGAUGGCGGGGUUGUUGAGCGUGACGUGGCACAUGAACCAGCGUGAUCUGCAAGUAAACGUUCUCGGGGGUGGCGUGUCGCAAGCUCUCGGAGGGCGAGACAAGUGGCGGGGCACGCUGAAUAGGGCGUUUGAUAGUUGGAAGAACGACUUUGACAAGGGACUGAGACAAGACGACAACCUCAACGACCCAUACCGGUACGAAGUAGGCAAGCGAGCCGACGAUAGCGUCGCACACGAGAACAGGGUCGUGCUGCACCAUUUGGCGCACAUGGCGAUGCACGUGGACGUGAUUGAUUGUCAGAUUUUCGCCCGGGCCAAGCGCCUCCUGGGACGGACGAUUGGGCCGCAGGACCUCAACAGCGCGCAGCGGCGGAUGAAGGAGCUCUGGGCGCCGUCGGCCAAGGCACGAGACGCCAUGUUCUACGCGCUCAAGUUUUUAUGCUCGGUCCUCUUGCCGGAGGCGACUGGCGGUAGUCCCCAGCCCGGAGACCCGUACUCGGCGAGGGACGAUGUCCUUCUCGACCGGCCGUGGGUUCUAUACUUUGCGGCGCUGGUAGUUUGGUGUUACGGGUUCGCCACGGAAGGCUCGUGUCCGACUGCGCCGCAGCCUAACGGUCCGGUGGAGAAGCAACGGCUCAUGCGCGAGUAUUUGCACAAGUUUGGGAGCAUUCAAUCCCCCGACGAUCUCCGCCUAGCCAAGGGCAUGAACCACAACACGGCGAUGCUGAUGGUGCUGAAAGAUAGCUUCCAAGUGACCCGUUGGGAGUUGCUUCACGAGGGGGCUAAUCUCCUCAAUAACUGCAUUAACCUGAAUGCGGGGAGGUCAGUCUCCUGA